AUGUUUUACACUGGAUGCAGCUAUCGAGGGGAGACGACUCCCGACGGGAAACGUUUCAACGAACAAGGGGUCUACACCUUCGCCAAUGGCGACACCUACGUCGGUGCAUUUAAGGACGGCCGCAUGCAUGGCCAUGGAACCUUGUUUUUUACUGCAGAGAGAGGCGGUGGCCAAUAUCGUGGCGUCUGGGAGGAUGGGCGCAACGUGUCGGGGGCAUUCGUUUUUGCGGACGGGUUGGUUUACGGCAGCGGAGAGGAUACUGCGACUGCCCAUACUACUGCUGUCAACAAUUCGGCGUCUGCCACAGGUAGUCGUAAGCCCGAGGUGAAGCGCGGUGUUGACGGGGGUGCUCCUCCUGGCAACGAGCCCGGCACAGCAAGGAAUGCGAGGGAAAACGUGGCGGAGGAAUGGCUGUACUGCCGCGAGGGAGACCGGCGGUUGUGGGCUGAGCACCUCCGCGAGGUGAUGCCGGUGCUGCCAAUGCAGUCCGUUUUGGGCGGUGUCCGUGUGCCGCAGUCGUCGCGCUGGGCUGUGGAGCCGGUCGUGGCGCCGAGCGUGGCGGCGGAGGCCAAGAUUCCCGCAACAUUUGUGCUGGGGCAGCCUCGCUCCCUGGCGGAGGUGCCGGCAGACUACUGGGAGGAGCCGCAGCAGCGCGAGGGAGUCAUUGCGUCGAUGGAGCUUCCGACGCCCCCAUUCAGGGGGGCGCAGGCCGGCGCCGGUCGGGAGGAGACGAUGGUGGACAGUGGCGACAAGCCCGCAGUAAAUCUUUCACUUCGCAUCAUCGCCCCGCUGGAGUCGGAGGCCAUGCGACGCGCCAUCGCCGCCGCCGUUUCUGCUUCUGCGUCUGCCGCCAAGGCCUCACAGGAGGGAGCCCCGCCACCACAACGCCCCCCUCCCUCGUCAGAUACUACGGGCCACAGUGGCGUUGGUCGUUUGCUCGCCUCUAGCGAAGCGGAUGCAGUAGAAAACAAAACGGCGACUGCCGAUGACGACAGCGUAGAGGCCCAGCACCGCACAUCGGGAAACUUGUCCUCGCACGACGCAACUGUAGCGCCUUGUCCAUCUAAUAGACCUUCCUCAGCGUCGCUCACCUCGCGUGGGCCUUCGGCUUUUGAACCAAAGGAUGCUGUGUGUGAAGCACUGGAAGGAGGGGCUUGCAAAUUGGUUUCCGAGGCGACACAGGAAGUAGCUGCCCCAUCAGCAAACAUAGAAACCGUUAUGGCUGCGUCCCUUGUUCAAGAACAAUCUGAAACUGACGUGAAACGACAGGAUGACCUCAAAGAGAACGAGCAUCAGCAGCAAGAGGGUGCUUACGCUGAGGAGCAGUAUGACGCACAAGCCGAGGAGCAGCAUGACGCACAAGCCGAGGAGCAGCAUGAUGUCCACGAGCAGGAUGGACAGCUGGAGGAAAGAUCUGUAUAA